GCACAAUGAUACGGAUUGCACAAUAUUCAGACAUUUCAUUCUGCCACUAAUAAGUCUGAAAUGGGCGAUCACUUCGAUUAAAUCGGAAUUAAUCGUGUUUCCUUGGUAUCACAGAUAAGGAACAAAAGCUUCCAAGGUCAAGAUCCUCAUCAAAUAGCCAUAAGUAUAAAUCAGACUCCAGUAAAGACACAGUUCCUUCCAAUAUUUCAAGUGAAACUUUCGGUCUUUCAUUUGACCAACAAGGUACUUGAAGUAAUUUCACUGAAGAUGAACAAGAACGACGUUGGAAUAUCGCAGCAGACAUUAGUUUCCAAUAUCGAAACUGGAAAUGUACCGGCCAAAAGGUUGCCUCAGUAUAUAGCCAUGUUGUCAGUCAUUCUUGGCGGUAUAGCAGUCGGCACGACAGUAGGCUGGACUUCGUCUGCCGGUGAUGGUGGAAGAAAAUUACAAGACGUAUAUCAAAUAGAAAUUUCUGAAGAUCAAUUUUCAUGGAUCAGUUCCUUAACUACACUUGGAGGUGGAGUGGCAUGCCUUCCUACUGGGGUUCUUACUAAAAUCAUAGGAAGAAAAAUGUCAAUGAUGUUGACAAUAAUACCCUUCACCAUAGCUUGGCUGCUUAUUAUUUUUGCUAACUCCGUACUCAUGUUUUGUAUUGGUAGAUUCAUUAUUGGCCUCAGCGCUGGAGCAUUUUGUGUAGCCGCACCUAUGUACUCGGCAGAAAUUGCAGAGAACCAGAUUCGUGGUGCUCUGGGAUCUUAUGUUCCACUGUCUUUCAGUAUAGGCAUUCUAGUAUCUUAUAUUUUGGCAACUUUUGUAAACAUACGCGUAAUGUCUAUUAUAUGCGCCACCGUACCGUUCAUAUUCUUGGGAAUAUUCAUGUUUAUGCCAGAAUCGCCUACUUAUUAUUUGCAAAAAGGUGACGAUGACUCUGCAAGAAAAAGUUUGAUCAAAUUACGAGGCAGGCAGUAUAACGUAGAGAAUGAACUACAAGAGCAACGAGAGGCACUAGAAGAAAAUGCUAAAAUGGCAGCGUCGUUUUUCACCGUACUCAAAUCUAAAGCUACCGUGAAAGCUUGUAUAAUUUCUUAUGGCCUCGUGUUCUUUCAACAGCUAUGUGGUAUAAACGCUAUUUCAUUUUAUGCCAGCGGUAUUUUUGAAAGGACUGGUGUUGAUUUAGAUCCUAAUGUUGCCACUAUUAUUAUAGGUGUGAUACAAAUACUAGCUGGGCUUAUGAACACAUUCACUGUAGACUAUUUAGGUAGGAAAAUAUUGUUGAUAGGGUCUGCCAUAUUUAUGGUUGUAGGAAUGUUUGCUCUUGGUUUAUACUUCUACCUUUAUGACCAUAAGAAUGAUGUUAGUUCGAUUGGAUGGUUACCUUUAUUAUCUAUAUGUAUCUUCAUUAUUGCAUUUAAUAUUGGCUUCGGACCUGCUCCAUGGAUUGUUCUUGGUGAAGUUUUUGCACCGGAAGUAAGAGGCGUAGCUGCAAGUAGUGCUGUGCUGUUGACCUGGUUCUUCACUUUUUUUGUAACUAAAUUCUUCAGUAAUUUAAACAGCGCUAUGGGCACUGGUCCUACAUUUUGGUUCUUUGGUGCAAUGAGUGCUAUUGCAGUUGUCUUUGUAUGUUUUGUAGUUCCUGAAACAAAAGGCAAGUCUUUGAUAGACAUUCAGAAAGAUCUGAAAAAUUCAUGAGUAUCGUUAAACUUUGCGGAUGAAAUGUGAGUUAAAAAUUUUAA